CUCUUCUUCGCCUGGCCUUGCCUCUUAUUAUUCACCACCACCUCUUCUUUAACCCCCCUCGAUCCUCCACCUCCCUCCUGUGACGAAGUUCCUUUUUUAUAUUUUCUUUUUCCUUGUCUUCGAUUGUCAGUCAAUCGCUCCCUUCAGAUCGCCUGCCAUGGCAAGCCCAACUAGCCCAACUGGUCACUCCAUAAACGUGAAUGAUCCGAGCUUGAUCUCCUUGGUGAAUAAAUUACAAGAUGUCUUCACGACGGUCGGAGUCCACAACCCGAUAGAUUUGCCUCAGAUUGUUGUUGUGGGAUCCCAGUCGAGUGGCAAGAGUUCGGUUCUGGAGAAUAUUGUCGGUCGAGACUUUCUUCCUCGUGGUUCGGGAAUCGUGACGCGGAGACCGCUCAUUCUGCAACUGAUCAACAGACCGUCCGUGAAGCAGCCGGCGAAUGGGGUGAAGGAGGCAGCGUUGGACACGUCGGACAGCGAGGCGAAUCUGGACGAGUACGGCGAGUUCCUGCAUAUCCCCGGCCAGAAGUUCUACGACUUCAACAAGAUCCGCGAUGAGAUUGUGCGCGAGACCGAGACCAAGGUCGGCCGCAACGCGGGAAUCUCGCCGGCCCCGAUCAACCUGCGCAUCUAUUCGCCCCACGUCCUCACCCUCACCCUCGUCGAUCUGCCUGGUUUGACUAAGGUCCCCGUCGGCGACCAGCCCAAGGACAUCGAGCGCCAGAUCAAGGAUAUGGUGCUCAAGCACAUCAGCAAACCGAAUGCCAUCAUCCUCGCCGUCACCGCCGCCAACCAGGAUCUGGCCAACUCCGACGGCUUGAAGCUCGCGCGCGAGGUCGACCCGGAGGGCCAGCGGACCAUCGGUGUCUUGACCAAGGUCGAUCUCAUGGACGAGGGAACCGACGUGGUCGAUAUUCUGGCCGGCAGGAUCAUCCCCCUGCGCUUGGGUUACGUCCCUGUCGUCAACCGUGGCCAGCGAGACAUCGAGAACAAGCGGCCCAUCUCUUACGCCUUGGAGCACGAGAAGAACUUCUUCGAUAGCCACAAGGCCUACCGGAAUAAGUCGUCGUACUGUGGCACGCCGUAUCUCGCCAGGAAGUUGAACUUGAUCCUGAUGAUGCACAUCAAGCAAACUCUCCCGGAUAUCAAGGCUCGCAUCUCAUCCUCCCUCCAAAAGUACACGCAGGAACUCUCCCAGCUUGGUGAUUCGAUGCUCGGCAACAGCGCUAACAUCGUCCUGAACAUCAUCACCGAGUUCAGCAACGAAUACCGCACGGUUCUGGAGGGUAACAACCAAGAGCUGUCGAGCGUGGAGCUGUCGGGUGGCGCUCGUAUCAGCUUUGUCUUCCACGAGCUGUACUCGAACGGAAUCAAGGCCGUGGAUCCCUUCGAUCAGGUCAAGGACAUUGAUAUCCGCACGAUCCUCUACAACUCUUCCGGUUCCUCGCCUGCGUUGUUCGUUGGCACCACCGCCUUCGAGCUGAUCGUCAAGCAGCAGAUCAAGCGCUUGGAGGAGCCGUCUCUGAAGUGUAUCUCCUUGGUCUUUGACGAGCUAGUCCGCAUCCUCGGCCAGCUGCUCAACAAGCAACUCUUCCGCCGGUAUCCCAUGCUCAAGGAGAAGUUCCAUGCCGUGGUGAUCAGCUUCUUCAAGAAGUGCAUGGAGCCCACCAACAAGCUUGUCCAUGACCUGAUCUCCAUGGAGGCCGUCUACAUCAACACUGGCCACCCUGAUUUCUUGAACGGGCACCGCGCUAUGAGCAUUGUGAACGAGCGCCAGAACGCCGGAAAACCGACACAGGUCGACCCCAAGACCGGGAAGCCCCUUCCACCCCGCGCCAACAGCCCAUCAGUUGAUCUCACUGCUGCGGCGAGCGCUGAUAACGGUUCCGGGUUCUUCGGUUCCUUCUGGGCCUCCAAGAACAAGAAGAAGAUGGCUGCUAUGGAGCCCCCGCCGCCGACGCUCAAGGCCUCUGCCACUCUGUCGGAGCGGGAGAGCUCUGAAGUUGAAGUUAUCAAGCUGUUGAUUACCUCUUACUUCAACAUCGUCAAACGCACCAUGAUCGAUAUGGUCCCCAAGGCCAUUAUGUACACGCUUGUCCAAUUCACCAAGGACGAGAUGCAACGCGAGCUGCUCGAAAACAUGUACCGGAACAACGAACUCGACGACCUGCUCAAGGAAAGCGACUACACCAUCCGCCGGCGGAAGGAGUGCCAGCAGAUGGUGGAGAGUUUGUCGCGCGCCAGCGAGAUUGUCAGCCAGGUUCAGUAGUUGUCGAUUGUACUGCGGCUGGCAAAUUGCCCUCUUGAAACCCUUAUAUCCGGUGACCCCCCCCCCCUUUUUUUUUUUUUU